UACAACAGUCCUUACUUCCAAGUCUUCUUGGUCGGCUUCAUCUGCUUUUGCUGCCCGGGAAUGUUCAAUGCCCUGAACGGCAUGGGUGGUGGUGGUAAAUCUUCUACCGAUGUUGCCAACGAUGCCAAUACUGCUCUUGCUGUUACCUUUACUGUAUGCUCUCUUGUCGGUGCUCCUGUCUACAACAUGUUUGGUAUCCGUGUUAUCAUUCCCGCUGCUCUUGCAUACGUCCUCUACGUCGGUUCUUAUAUCCCAUUUAACGAUGCUUUUGUUAUUGCAGCCGGUGCUAUUCUUGGUAUUGGUGCAGGUUUUUUGUGGACUGCCCAGGCCGGUAUUAUGAUGUCCUAUCCUUCAGAAGCUGAAAAGGGAAAAUCAUUCUCCAUUUUCUGGAUGAUCUUUAACUUGGGUGCAACUCUUGGUGCUGCCAUUCCCUUGGCUAACGACUGGAACAACGCUGCAAGCAGUGUCAAAACUUCCACAUACAUUGCUUUUAUGGUCAUCAUGGCCGUCGGUGCCUGUACUGCCGUUCUUCUUUUGCCUGCUCACAAGGUUAUCCGUAACGAUGGGUCACCUGUAUCUCUCCACAAGUUCUCAAACUGGCGUCGUGAAGCCAUUGAGGUUUUCCGCCUUUUCCUCGACUGGCGCAUGAUUGUCCUCAUUCCUCUUUUUGCUGGAUCAAAUUGGUUUUACACCUAUCAGUUCCAGGUCUACAAUGGUGGAGGAUUCUUUGUUCUUCGUGCCCGCGGUCUUAACAACUUGGUCUAUUGGCUCUUCCAGAUUAUCGGUGCUGGUGUCUUUGGUCUUCUUCUCGACUCCACUCGUCUAGGUGGCCGUAGAGCUCGUGCUUUUAUUGGCAAUACUUUUGUUCUCGUCUUCAUUGUUGCAAUUUGGGUUGGUGCUAUCUUUGUCCAAAAGAAGUUUAACCGUACUUCUGUCAAGGCUCCCGGAUUUGCCCCCAUGGAUGUAUUCGAUGAUGGUUAUGGCCCUAUAUGCUUCUUAUAUGCUCUCUUUGGCUUUGCGGAUGCUAUCUACCAAGGUUUUAUUUACUGGCUACUCGGCACAAUGACAAACGAUAUUGAGCGUGCUGCACGUUAUGGUGGUUUCUACAAAACCAUCCAGAAUGCUGCAAAUGCCAUUGCUUCCCAGGUUGAUGCCAUCCACACCCCUUUCAUGACCGAACUUAUCAUUGUCUUUGCUCUCAAUGUCGCUGGCCUUGCUCUUACUUACAUUGUCUGCUGG